GCUCUGACAGCCCCCAAAAUUGUAGAAUCAUUAAAAACAAAACAAAACAAAUAACUGAGGCUCAGCAAAAUGAGAGGAUGCCUACUGGCAGUCGCUAUGAAGGCGGGCAAGCGAUUACAAGCGUGCCAGGACACCCACGAUGCGGACGCCAACUGCGACGGGCCGGACCUGGACUUCGUCUACGCGGACGUGGACGGUUACCAGAACGAAAUCGCAGAGCUGUACAGCUACACGGAGUUCAGCGAGUUCCAGAUGAACGUGAAGGCUUUCGAGGACCAGAUGGAGCUGUACGAUUUGCCGCCCAACUGGCAGAAGCAGGACCCGGCCGCCCAGCGCGGCAUCGUGAUGAAGCUGGUGGACCAGCUGGAGGUCUCCGACCGCGCCUUUCGUAUGCAGGCCGCCCGCUGCAUCCUCUAUCUGGCGCAGGGCUGCUGGGCGGAGGUGCAGUCUGACGAGGAGCAGCACCAGAUCACCCGGGACAAUGUGCUCGUGCUGCACAAGCUGGGCGUCUUCGCCUCCUUCAUCGACCUGCUCAACAUGGAGAUCGAGAGCGCCUGCUCGCCGGACAUAGUGGCCGUUAAGAUCACUAAUGUGACGCUGGUGGACUCGACGGACAUUAGGGUGAUCCUGUCCGUGCUGUACAUCAUCACAGAGACAAUCCGGGACGAGCGAGAGCGAGGCAGUGAGGAUUACAAGGAGCUGGCCGAGUCCUUUGUGCAGGACAUCAACUCGCCGCUGCCCGACGGCGAGCUGUUGGCAGUCAAGCUGCUGGGCAUGAUCACACGCUUCUGCAGCGGGGCUGCACCCCAGUUUCCCAUGAAGAAGGUUGUCCUGCUGCUGUGGAAGGUCUCGCUGCUUGGGCUGGGCGGCAUGGAUGUCCUCAAGAAUCUCAAGAACGAAUACCGGCUGAAGGUGGGCUUGGAACCGAUCACCGAGGACACACUGGAGGUCACCAAGUGCAUGCGAGCGAGCUCUCCGCCGGCCACGGCCACCGAUAUACUGGAGAACCAGUAUCCCAAGAGGAAUUUCAAACGCUCCCUGAUGAAGCAGCGUUUUCUAGACGAGCCGGAACAGAUCGACAUGGAGAUGAGUGGCAACGAGGGUCAGAACAAUGCCAACAAUGGCAGCGGAAAUGGCGGCGGCAGUGGCAACGGCGAGGAGGAGCUCUCGCAAUACUAUCGGCCCUACGAUGACCCCUCCUCGUCGGCCUCCUCCACCACCUCGACGGCCAAUCCCAAUAACCAGCCCAGUUCCACACAAGCCCCGGCUGCCGUGCCGCCAAUACAGAUAACCGCUCGCCUGCCCUGGACGCCCAAGGUGCGGCAGAAGGACAUUGACCAGUUCCUGGACAUUUCGAGGAACAAGUUCAUUGGGUACUCGCUGAUCGGGGACCACGAGAGUCUGGCUGGACUGCCGCAGCCCAUUCACGAGGGCUUCAAGACGCUGCAGCGGCACAUGUACUUGAGCCUGGCCGAUGUGCAGAUCAAGAAGGAGGAGGACAUAGCCAGAAACCCGAUUUCUACACACGAGGACGAGAUCAAGUUGACGCCGGCCGAGGUGCUGUACCAGGCCAUCCUGCCCAACCUACCCCAAUAUAUGAUUGCUUUGCUCAAGGUCCUGCUGGCGGCUUCGCCCACCUCCAAGUCCAAGACGGAGAGCAUCAACAUAAUGGCCGAUGUGCUGCCCAAGAAGAUGCCGCUGACGGCCACACAGUCCACGAAGCUAACAGUGGACAUGGGCCGGCACAAGGAGAUCAUCGUGAAGGCUGUGUCGGCCAUUAUUUUGCUCUACCUGAAGCACUUCAAGAUUAACCACGUCUACCAGUUUGAGUUCAUGUCCCAGCACCUAGUCUUUGCCAACUGCAUCCCGCUAGUCCUCAAGUUCUUUAACCAAACAAUCACCGAAUACGUGAACACCAAGAACUCCAUUCCCCUGCUGGACUUUCCCUCCUGCGUCAUUGGCGAGCAGCCGGAUUUGAGCGGCGACAGCUUCGUUUACGGCGGAGAGAUGUCUGACAAGCCGUACUCCUGGCGGAACGUCUUCUCCUGCAUCAACCUGCUGCGCAUCCUCAACAAGCUGAUCAAGUGGAAGCACUCGCGCGUCAUGAUGCUGGUGGUGUUCAAGUCAGCGCCGAUCCUGAAGAAGACGCUCAAGGUGCGCCACGCCAUGAUGCAGCUGUACGUGCUGAAGCUGCUGAAGAUGCAGACCAAGUACUUGGGUCGCCAGUGGCGGAAGUCGAACAUGAAGACCAUGAGUGCAAUAUACUCAAAGGUGCGGCAUCGCCUGAACGACGACUGGGCCUUUGGCAACGACCUGGAGUCGCGUCCGUGGGACUUCCAGGCGGAGGAGUGCACGCUGCGGGCCUGCGUGGACAGGUUCAACCUGCGACGCUAUCCGGAGGCCACACAGAAGUGCGGUAACAAUGGCACUGCCGCCCAGAAUGCGGAGAAUGCCCAGCAAUCGAACAUGAUGGCGGGCAACAAUGGGAUGGGCAACAACGGCUCCGACGUCAAUGGUUAUGGGAACAGUGGCGGAAACGGGGGCAACAACGGCGGUCACAGUCAGCAGCAGCAGCAGCAGCUCAACGAUUACGGCGUGGAGGGUGGCUUUCCCAGCGACGAGAUCCUUACACACUCGGACUUUGCCUUCUUUGGCCACUCGGGGUGGUGGGAUCGCAAGGUGGAGCUGACGGACUACUUCAAGGCCAACUAUGCGGUAUGGCUGGAGGAGGAGGUCUACAACAGUCAGACCGACUGGGAUGCCCUCUAAUAACCCAGUGGCUCCUGGAAGAUGCUGCGCCUCUUAUAAGCAAAAGUUAUUACCAUAAUUGUAAGCAUAAUAAAGAUACAUUGAUAUAAUCCAUGUAGCCCGCCACAGAGGAUGCGAAGAACUCACUGCAAUUGGCAAUAAAUUGGCAAGCCACCACGGACUCUCAACCCCUUCACUAACUUAAAAACCAACCAACUAACUAACUAGCCUACAAGCCUGUAUAUUUACUAUUAUAUUUUAUAAUUUCUGUAUUUAUUAUUUGUGUUGUGGCUUCUAAUGAGCGAAAUAAACAAAUUUAAUAGUUCGAAAA